UCAUAUCUCGGUCAAAUCUCAAUCAAAAGAAGAAUCCUUUGGAGGUUAUGCUAGUCUAGUGCUCCUCUACCAAUGGGCAACAUAUGAGCCCAAAAUCUUGAAAUAAUUUGGAUGACCCUUAUUAGAUGUUCCUAGAAACAGCUCCAGAUCUCCCUUAUUUAAGGUGAAAGUCAGCAAUUUUUUUCGGCGAAAGCUGUUUUCUGACCACCUCCCAGCUAACUAGAACGAAAAAAGUCGAUAAAAAACCUUUUUCAAAAAAGUGGUUGGAUACCCAUGGAUUAACUCGCUAAUAAAUGGGUUGGAUCCUGUAAAAUAAUUAAAUUAGACUUAUUCUGUUGUCUUUAUCUGUGAACAUCUGUACUAUAAAUAUGAUAUUAGGCAGCUUCGACAGAUAUACAUGACCAAAACUGAGCGUCAAAAAUUGUACUGUCGACAUUUCCUAACGUUUAACAUAGACGCACAUUCUAGAUCUUCUACCCAAGUCAGAAAAUUCUAUAACAGGAUCCUACGCACUCCUGGUGAGAUCAUAUAGGACACACAUAUAUAUUCUGGAUAUAGGAAAACCCGUAGGAAUCCUGCAAUAAGAUCCUGAAAGUUCUUAUCUUUUCCUGUGAUAAGAUUUUGCAGGGUUUAAUAGGAUCCCACAAGAUCAUAUAUAAUUCUACAUAGGAUUUGAUAGGAUCCUGUAUUACCCUGUAGGAAGUGACAGGGAUCUUCUGAGAGUUUUACCAGACCGUAUUGAUCCGGCUUCUCUUGCUCAUCUAUUUCCUGUUCUUGAUUGUAUAUGUCGUCAUGCUUUAUUUGUAUAUGUCGUUUUUGGCAGUAUAGUUCUGUUUUUAUUUUCUCAUCUGUUCCAUUUCACAAACAAAAAUCAAAGUAAAGAAAAUCAUCUCAUGAGACUCGCGAAACGAAUUAAAACUCACUGCGCGAUCUCGGUAAAAUCGUACUUUUUAGAAAAAGUAUCUUGUGAGACUCCCGAAGCGAAUUAAAACUCGCGGCCCGAUAGCUGUACACUCGCGAUCCCGCGGCAGGACUAUAAAUUCUGCAUCGAUUCGACUGAAUUGCAAGAACGCAACAGAAUUCUCUUUCUCUUAUUUCAAAGUGCGAAUUUAUAUUUCUUAUACACACCGAUAGUCCACAAUCUCUUUACAACAUAAAUAGCAUACUAAAGAUUGACGCAUUGAAUUAUUGGUUGAGCGACUGAAGAUAUGUGUUUCUGUUUUUUUCCUCUUUGAAGGAGAUAUGCAAAAGAAGCCACUGCCCGUUGUGUACAAUACACUUCAUAUUUUGCUAACGUAGGUUCAUCUUUGGUUCAGUAGGUGGUUCAGCCGUUGGUUCAUUAGGUGUUUCAGUUGUUCGUUCAUUAGGUGGUUCAGUUCUUCAUUCAUUAGGUGGUUCAGCCAUUAAUUCACUACGUGAUUCAGUCGUUGGCUCGUUACGUGGCUCAAUGGUUAUUUCAGUAGGUUGCUCAGUAGGUGGUUCAGUUGUUGGUUCAUUAGGUGGUUCAGUCGUUGCUUCAGUAGUUCUCCUUGAUUCAUUACGUGGUUCAGUCGUUGAUUCACUAGGUGUCUCAGUCGUUAGUGCAGUAGGUGUCCUUGAUUCAUUACGUGGUUCAGUCGUUGAUUCACUAGGUGUCUCAGUCGUUAGUGCAGUAGGUGUCCUUGAUUCAUUACGUGGUUCAGUCGUUUAUUCACUAGGUGCUUCAGCCGUUGCUUCAGUAGUUCGUUCAGGCGUUAGUUCAUUAGGUGGUUCCGUCGUUGGUUCAUUAGGUGGUUCAGUCGUUCGUUCAUUAGGUGGUUUAUCGGUUAAUCCAUCAUCGCUUCUUACCGAUCAUCGCCUCGUACCGAUUAUCAGUUAA